CGGUUUGCCAAAACAAUAAUAAACAUCAGUUCACAACGUGCGUCCGUUUCGUUCGUUUUGUCUUGCGCGUUUCGUUAUCGUCUUUGCGUCUCGACGGUUAUUUUUUUUCAAAAUUUACACUACCGUCCAUCGAGAUACGAUAUUGAUAAUAUCACCGACGAUUCGUUUGUCAUAAGUCACUGGAUGCUUUCGAAUUAUUCACAUACCUGAUACGCCACACGUGUCCGGAGACCAGACCAACCCUCUCCAGUCACAGUCCACAGGGCUACGAGUUGUGUUGUUUUCAAAAGAUACUCUUUCCACCCUGUAAUUUGAAAUUUUAUCGAACGGCGAACGCUGGGUUUAUGUAAUGGUGCGUUAUAGUAACAUGACUGGAAAUAUUAUUUUACAAUAACAGAACAAAGUCUUGAAAUACAAGAACACACAAUAUGAUGACAAUCGGAAUUUUAACGAUCAUUGUUUUUGGCAUGUCCGCCUCUAUUGCGGAUGGAGCGAAAUGUCUUAACUCAAAAGAUUUGGAAAGGUUCGUGGUGGUGAACUGUGCCUAUCAAGAAUUUCUACAUGUACCAAGUACUGACAUUUUAAAGGAUGUCGAGACGUUAAACCUAGAGCACAACUACAUCGGCAAGCUAUUUAACAACAGUUUCACGGAGUACCCGAACAUCAAGAAUCUGAUGCUAUCGUUCAACAAGGUACACACCAUCGAGCCCGGGGCGCUAGCGACGCUUAGCGAACUGGAGAUGCUGGACCUGUCGCAGAACGCCAUCAAGGAGGUGCCAGCCGGACUGCCCAAAUCGCUGACACAGCUUAGGCUGAACGGAAACCCGGUGGCGGACAUGCGGCAGCUGGAGACCGCCGUCGGACUGCGGGUGUUGCAGCUCAAGGGCUGCGACCUGAAAGCUUACCCGGCGCUGGGCAUCAUGCCCAACCUGGUCAGUCUGGACGUGUCCGAAAACGGAGACAUCGUGGAUCUGGACCCGGUCCAGUUGGCCGUCACGUGCCGCCUGGCCCGGCUGAACGUGACGGGCGCUACCAGUCUGUUCCGACCCGGGACGCCGGGCGCUCACUGCAGGUGCCGGCGCGUCGUCCAGUGGGCCCACACGUACAAGGUGACCGUGUUCGGUCUGGGCCAUUGCCCUGACCCGCUGGCCUCGGACGGCGAGGCCGACAUGCACGACGACCCUAAGAGCGAGGCCUGCGCCCGGACCCCGGACCAGGCCCUGGUCGCGUUCAAGGAGUGCAUGGCCGAGUGGGAACACCGCAACAUGCCCUAUUGGGCCAUCGCGUCCGGCAUCGUUAUCGCCGUGGCGUUGCUGCUGGCGCUGUGCAUUUGCAUGCGCCGCCGCAGGAGGAGACGCCGCCGCGGCAACGCCGACAAAGCGCAGAGCGCCCAAUCGCCGCCGCCGUCCGACACCAAGGCGGCCCACAACGACUCGGCCGGCAACAACAAGACCGAACCCGCCGCCCUGUUGUCGUCGGCCGCGUGAAAUCGUCCGACCUUCCCUGCGUUUUUAAUUUUUUUUUUAAACAAAUUUUACCUGCGUCGUGUCUUAUGUAAAACUGUGCUGCCCGACGUUUACCUACACGUCAAUGUAUAUAUUAUAUACCUGAAAUGUUUGCCUUAUUAUUUUCGUUUUGUUUUAUGUGUUUUUAAAGAUCAAAUAGUAUCGUAAUAUCAUUGUAAUAUAAUAAUUUACAAGCGCGUGUGUAAUAAUGUCACAAUAUUAUACUAUGUCAUUCUUAGCAGCAUAUUAUUCACGUAUUAUAUUAUAGUAAACGUAUUGAAAAAAUCGAAAAAAACAAUAAAAAUCAUCGAUGAUCUCCUCUGAACGCCGGAGAUGUUCCGAUCCAUUCGGGUAGCUCGGUGAACGCGAAUAGGUCGACGGUCGCGUAAUUUUUUCGCCUCAAUGUUUCAUUUCAUAUUAUGACUAUAUUGUAUUGUAGUAGUGGGUAUAUAUGCGACGUGUGACCCAUAACUUAGCCGUAGGAUUAGGGCGUAGGUACUACGCUGUAGUGUGUAUAUAAUAUUGCAUUGUACACGUCGUUUAUUCGUGACGGUUAGCCGAAAAUGUGGUGGUUCUUGCUUAAGUCGGAG